UCUCGACUGCGGAAGGAAGCGCCUGUGGCCCGGCUGUAAACAAGCUCCUGUUGUAGGGGCGGGCGGCGCUGCUGCUGCUGCUGUUGCUAGAGCCGCCGCCGCCGCCGCCGCGGGCUCCUUCAUGGAGCAAAGGGGCCGAGCGCAAGGCGACCUCCACCCUCGGACCGCUGGCGGCCCCCGGGGGCCAGUGCUGCACAUCGUGGUGGUCGGCUUCCACCACAAGAAGGGCUGCCAGGUUGAGUUCUCAUACCCUCCCCUAAUCCCCGGAGAAGGACACGACAGCCACUGUUUGCCAGAGGAAUGGAAAUACUUGCCUUUCCUUGCAUUGCCAGAUGGUGCUCACAACUAUCAAGAAGACACUGUGUUUUUCCACUUGCCGCCAAGAAGUGGAGAUCGGAGCACAGUAUAUGGUGUCUCAUGCUAUAGGCAGAUUGAAGCUAAGGCAUUGAAAGUACGGCAGGCAGAUGUUACUCGAGAAACAGUUCAGAAAAGUGUCUGUGUUCUCAGUCAGCUGCCUCUGUAUGGGCUACUCCAAGCCAAGCUGCAGCUAAUUACACAUGCCUAUUUUGAAGAAAAAGACUUCUCACAAAUUUCAAUUCUUAAGGAACUUUAUGAGCAUAUGAACAGCUCGCUGGGAGGAAGCUCACUGGAAGGGUCACAAGUUUAUCUUGGUCUGUCUCCACGAGAUCUUGUCCUUCACUUUAGACACAAGGUCUUAAUUCUUUUUAAGCUGAUUCUUCUGGAAAAAAAGGUUCUAUUUUAUAUUUCUCCAGUGAAUAGGCUGGUGGGAGCACUCAUGACUGUCUUAUCCCUCUUUCCCGGUAUGAUCGAGCACGGUCUUACUGACUGUUCACAGUACAGGCCAAGAAAGAGCAUAUCGGAGGAUGUUGGCCAGCUGGAAGUCCCACCUCCUUCUGAUUAUUACGUUUCUCUGUCUGCUGUGACACUUCCAAAUACCAACCUCAGAAUGGCUGAGGAAGGCCAAAGGCUGUCAGGAGACCAAGAAAGGGAUACCCAGGAGGUGGCUGUGCCUCUGCUCCAGCCCAAGGACAAUCUCAGUGAAACGCACGCCUCCAGGGACACUGGGCAGCUUUUGAAACCUCCUUCACGCCCUUCUCCAGAGUCGUCUGAAAGUGACUGGGAAACCUUAGACCCAAGUGUCCUAGAGGAUCCUCAUUUGAAAGAAGGAGAACGUGAAAUUACUGCGGUCGCAGGACAGACUGAAACCCUUCUGAAGGAAUCUGCAGCCUCUGAAAGCAUUCCCAUUACUGUGCAGCCCCAACCUAACGCAGGCCAUACGGUGCUUGUUCCUGGACUUAUAUCUGGCUUGGAGGAGGACCAGUAUGGCAUGCCAUUAGCUGUCUUCACCAAGGGUUACCUUUGUUUGCCGUACAUGGCAUUGCAACAGCACCAUCUCCUCUCUGAUGUAACUAUUCGUGGUUUCGUUGCGGGAGCCACCAACAUCCUCUUCCGUCAGCAGAAGCAUCUAAGUGAUGCUAUUGUAGAGAUUGAGGAAGCUCUUGUCCAAAUCCACGAUCCGGAGCUCAGGAAGGUUCUGAAUCCUACAACCGCUGACCUGAGAUUUGCAGACUUCUUAGUGAAGCAUGUAACUGACAACAGGGACGAUGUGUUCCUAGAUGGCACCGGCUGGGAAGGAGGAGAUGAGUGGAUUCGGGCCCAGUUUGGCUCAUACCUCCACACACUGCUUGCUGCUACUCUCCAGCCAGAUAAUGAAAAAAUAUUGUCAGACUUUGGAACAACUUUCGUAGCCGCUUGGAAGAACACACAUAACUAUAGAGUAUGGAAUAGCAACAAACACCCAGCUCUUGCAGAGGUAAAUCCUAGUCACCCAUUCCAGGGCCAAUACUCCGUUUCCGAUGUAAAAUUAAGAUUAUCACAUUCGGUUCAGAAUAGCGAACGUGGUAAGAAGAUUGGAAAUGCCAUGGUUUCUACCAGUCGGAAUGUUGUACAGACAGGAAGAGCUGUGGGUCAGUCAGUUGGAGGAGCCCUCACGAGCGCAAAAUCGGCCAUGUCCUCAUGGCUUUCUACUUUCACCCAGUCGACACAAAGCCUUGGGGAGUAACUGUUCUGCAGUGGACCAAACCCCUGCACUUAUUUUGAAGAAACCAAGAGGUUUUGCUAAAAACAUGCACAUGAUUUCAAGCAGCAUGAGGAUGAAGAACGGCCUUUUAAAGCUCUAUCGCAGGAUAUCAUUUGCAACUUGCAUUAAUGCCUCUUUGUGUUAUAAAUCUGAACCUUGUUGUAGGACAGGCUUUAUUUUCCAAUGUAUGCUGUUCUUUGGAUAGUGAUGAUUCAUGUAAAUUUUACUGUAUUUUAAAUCCAAUUGUCUAGAUUUUGUUUUAAUCGGAAAGCAUACUUCAGCUUGGAACUGAAAACUUGCCUAUGAAGUUAACAUUUCAAGAGCUUUAUAUAGAGGUACACUCCUCUUUCCAAUCCUAUACUCAGAAGUAAGUUCCUUUCAUUUCAGUGCAACUUACUUCCAUAAACCUGCUUCUGAGUAUUGUAGCCUAAUACUGCAACUCUAAGCAGUUGUGGCUGGAAUUAAGUGAAACAAAUACGAUCUAGAUAGCAGAAUUGGGUGCCCAGGUUAAUGCUGAAAACUCCAGUGAAAACUACUAUGACUGAAUAGUUAUUGGCAGUUUUGCACUGGCUUGACAUGUUAUCCUUUAUGACUAGCUGCCAGCAUUUUUCAUUAUUUAAAAAAACAAGUUAAAUUACAUUUUAAAAGGUAAUUCCAAUGUUAAAAGUUUAAAGGCUGACUAAAGUACAUAACUUCAUCAUAAUUUCUUCAAGCAGCUUUGUUACCUGUUUGGAGCAGUUGUCUGGGAAAUCUCUUAGAAGAGGAACAGCUCCUUGCUCAGUCAUUAUAUGUUCCCCAUUUUGUGGUGUAUAUAUGAACUUAAUUUUCAUUUGUCUUUUGUUUGAUUGUUAAGUAGGGAUAUGAUUUGAUUUCAUGUUCCCCUGGCUUACGCUAUAUUCCCUAUAGGAGGUGUUAGGAAACUUUCACCAAUGAAUACCUAUAACGAAAUACCUACCUCUCUGGCACAGUUAGGCUCCAAAUGCAGGAAUCGGCAGUGCGUCUUUCUUUUUUGUUCCUAGCUGCUGUAGAAUUCUCUAGUUCAAUGUGUGGGAUAGCAGAGAUUUGAGAAACAAUUGUAAUGACAUAACUUGGUUUGCUGCCAGUGAUGGAUUUAUGAAUUGCAGUAUCUGUAACUACUGCCCCCAGUAAUACAGGCAUCAGUGAGACUACGCCUAUUAAGUGGCCAUGUUUGGUUGGGGCAUGAGCGUACUGCUUCAAGCAUGGUGGUGAUUUACCAAAAAAAAAAUAACUCCUGGGUUCUCCCCCUGUUUUUUGUUUUUGGGGGUGGGGGUUGCAUAUAGCUGCCAGUUUGGAACUGCCCCUCCCCUGCCAUCCUUAAUGAGUUCCCUUUUCAAACCUAAAAUGAUCUAAGUGUAGGAGGAAUAUACAUAGUGUUAAUGCAGGCUGUGUUGGUUGUAGCUGGACCAGUUACUAGGUCUCUUUCUGGAAACUGAAUAUACAUUAUUAACAUGAACAUUUUGUUCAUGGUAUGGUUAGCGCAGCUUGUCCCAAACAAAGGCUUUCUGCUGAAGUCUCAAAGGCCCAGUUUUCAGAGAUGGCUGUGGCUGCACCACUAGAAGCAUUGUAAUACAAGCAGUUAAGGCUGCUUCACACAACAUUCCUAUACAGGUAUCGCAGGAAAGAAAGGAAAAUGCCCUGUUAGCUAUUGUAAGUUAUUGGCCAAUGCAAUAUCUACUUUGCUCUGUAUGUACAAAAUGAAAAUCAGUGGCUAGUUGUGGCACACUCCUACAGAUGUGCAGUCUUUACACAGGGUGUACACACUUUCAUACACAGAAUAUUUUUCAUAGAUACACUGCUGCACAAAUGUCGUAAAGUGACAGAUGUUUCCUAGGUACACUGCUGCACUACCUGGUAGAUAGUGAUUUGUUUGAAAGAAGCUAACUGCUAUUUCCAAAUGUAUUCUGAUAUUUGAGGCAGUCCAUAGCAAACAUCUUGUACUCAUCACAUGAAAAAUGUCUUGUAUGUGUUCUUCUCCGUUAACAGUGCACUAACUCUUAAGCCUCUAAAUUAUGGUUCAGUUCUCUAACCACUGACAUUGACUGCUUCCAAAAGAACAUUUUAUCAGGCAGUCCUGCCACAAAGCUGUCACCUCUUUAUUGAAACUACAGUGUAUCGUGACAUGCUGUAGCAGUCACUGCAAUGUAGCCAGGUUGAAACAGAGCUUAUAAACUGCCUGCUUUUUCUUCAGAGCUCCUUGGGGUUGUGACAUCACAUAAUGCUGCUCCUUGCUUUGUAUCUUCCCUUAAAUGGAGCACAAUAGUUAAAGGGCUGCAGUUGUAACACCUCCAGUGGAUUAAUCUGCAGUUUCUGUAAUGUAAAAGCAGCAGAAUUCAUAGAGACAAAUUGGACAGUGGUUAAAAUUGACCCCCAAAAAUGACAGUUCAUUGUAAAGCAGUUUAGUCACCAUCUUGCGGUGUCUUUAGUAUUUCAUGCACUAUUUUACACAUCUUUACCAUUACACUUCAGGAAAAAAUGUGGCAGUAUUUAUUGCUGUAAGGUCAAUGCAGUUAGUAAAAUAUUUAAAGUCAUAACAUUUUUUCUGAUCUAGCAAUAGAAGCUCUAUUGCGAUGUAUACUAAUAGUUACAAUUAGGUUAUUUCAAACUCAUCAGCUAAUCCAUGUAUGCUCAACAAAGUGUUAUAGACAGUGGAAUAGCAUACAUGAGUACCCCGAAAGAAUUUUCUAAAAUAGCUUUGUUAAUACUCCAAGAUGAAUUUGUUUUAGAGGUACAUAAGAGGACUAUUGACAUUUAAUAGAAACAGUAUUUCUUUGUGUUCUAGCCAUGAAUAACUUCCCUUUUAGAGUUUGGGGCAUGGGCACAAACAUUUGGACUAUUUUUUUCAGUAAAUACAUGAUCCUCUGCUUGAAGCACUUACAUCGAAGAAACUACCACCUAAUAUACUAUACAGUACUGUGGCGUUGUCAUUCAUUGAUGUGUGAACAGGAUACAUGCAUCAUGAAAUGUUUCCAUUGGAAUUCCAGUCUUGAUUCCUUUUUUUAUUAUUUUACUAUUGUAGGGGUGUUUCUGAAAGCUAAGAUGUAAAAACCUGAACUUUUAGAGAUAUUCUUCGAGGGCUGAUGUGUAUUACCUACAAAUUCUACAUGUUAUUGGGUACAGGUGCAAGCCUGAGGCUCAAAUACACUCCCCUAUAAAUAGAAUGUGUGUGAGUGUGAGUGAGAGAGAGAUCUAAGAUCAGAUUAAGAAUGUGAAGUGCUUGAAAUAUGACAGAUCACAUGUCCUGGUCUACAGAAAAUGGUAGGGCAUGUAAAAUAAAUACACCCUCUGCUGAGCAAAACCAGCAUAACCAUUAAGGCCCCCAAUAUCUGAACGAGUUCCAUGCCUUCAGGCAUGCUCUAUGAGCAAGUAAAUAUUCAGGAUGCAACACACUGAAUGCUGUGCCAACACAUUACAUCAUGUAAUGUUUCGUGGCUAUUGCUGGUAUAGUAUGCUGGUAUAGAGUUUUUCAUCCUACACGCAAGUGUUUAGGAUCAGGCUGCUAAUGUAUUUUUGAAACAUUUUAUGUGCUGGUGCUUUCUACUACAAAGUUAUAUAUUUGCAUCAUGCACAAAAGAGGCAUUUUAAUUUUUUAAUACCUUGCAAGUAUUUGGAAAUGUCCAUCAAAUAGACUAGAAAUACCCCUAAUUCCUCUUACCAAAUUUAGGAGACAUCAGGCCCAGAAGGCUGAUGUUCAGGUGCACAACUUAAAUUAGUUGCGUAAUCAUGGGUUAUUUUAAGUGAAAUGCAACGUAGUAAGUUACUUUCAUCUGAUCUUUGCUGCUACCAUGUUAUUGAGGGAGGAGGAUUGGUAAGUUUGGGUAUUUCAUCUAUUGUCAAUGUGCAAAGUCUAAGUUACUGUGUUCAAAAGAGUAUUAAUGCUUCUGUAUAUUUUGGUUUAAAGAAAAUUAAA